UCGAAACCCCCGAAACAAGAUAUUUUGUGAAUUUGCAAGAUAAGGCUGAGGAAUGAAACACAGAAAGAGAGCAUAGAAGUUGAGAAAAUGGCUUACCAUCUCUGUUCUUCUUCCCCUUCCUCUCUCUUCCACGACCCACCCUCCAUCUCUUCUCUCAAAUUCAAAGUUCGAAACUUUUCACCUUCCUUUCAAACCCCUUCUUCCAAAACCCUUCUCCACGUCUCACUACAAGAACCCAUUCCCCAACAUGACAUUAACUCCCAAAAAGACACAAACUUUGAUAACCCUGUUGUCAAAUCGAAAACCAGUUACAUUUGGGUCAAUCCCAAAAGUCCUAGAGCAAAACAACUUGGCAAGAAAUCUUAUGAUGCAAGGUACAAUUCUCUUGUCAAGCUUUCCAACUCUUUGGAUUUAUGCAAUCCCAGUGAACAUGAUGUUUCUCACAUUUUUGAGGGUUUAGGAGAUAAGGUUAUAGAACAAGACGCUGUAAUUAUCAUCAAUAACAUGGAGAAUUCUGUUGUUGUACCUUUUGUUCUUCAGUACAUUCAACGGAAGAUUAGACCCUCUAGGGAGGUGAUUCUUUACAAUGUCACACUCAAGGUGUUUAGGAAAUGUAAGGAUUUGGAUGGGGCAGAGAAGGUGUUUGUUGAAAUGCUUCAGAAAGGGGUUAAGCCUGAUAAUAUUACUUUUUCAACUAUAAUUAGUUGUGCUAGGUCUUGUUAUCUGCCUAAUAAGGCUGUGGAGUGGUUUGAAAAGAUGCCUUCCUUUGGCAUUGAACCUGAUGAUGUUACGUAUUCGGUCAUGAUUGAUGCUUAUGGACGGGCUGGUAAUAUUGAUAUGGCUUUGAAUUUGUAUGAUCGUGCGAGAACUGAGAAAUGGCGCAUUGAUCAUGUGACCUUCUCUACAUUGAUAAAGAUGUAUGGAGUGGCGGGAAACUAUGAUGGAUGCUUAAAUGUUUAUGAAGAAAUGAAGGCUCUUGGUGUUAAGCCUAACUUGGUUGUUUAUAACACUCUUUUGGAUGCCAUGGGGAGAGCGAAGAGGCCAUGGCAGGCCAAGACUAUAUCUAAAGAGAUGAUGAAUAAUGGAAUUUCGCCAAAUCGAGCGACGUAUGCAUCUCUCUUACAUGCCUAUGGUAGAGCGAGGUUCUGUGAAGAUGCUUUCGUUGUGUAUAGGGAAAUGAAGGAACAGGGAAUGGAUUUGAAUACACAUCUUUAUAACACCCUUUUAGCUAUGUGUGCUGAUGUUGGUUACACUGAACAAGCGUUUGAAAUUUUCGAAGACAUGAAAAGUUCCGAUACUUGCUUUCCUGACAGUUGGACAUUCUCAUCCUUGAUUACCAUAUAUUCGUGCAGUGGCAAAGUUUCAGAGGCCGAAAGAAUGAUGAAUGAAAUGAUUGAAUCUGGAUUUGAGCCGACUAUUUUUGUUUUGACUUCCCUAGUCCAGUGCUAUGGAAAAGCCAAGCGUACUGAUGAUGUUGUGAAGACGUUUAAUAAGCUCUUGGAUAUGGGCAUUGGACCGGAUGAUCAAUUCUGCGGUUGUCUUCUGAAUGUUAUGACCCAAACACCGAGAGAAGAACUUGGUAAGCUAACCGAUUGUGUGAAGAAGGCUAAUCCAAAGCUUGGGAUUGUGGUAAGAAAUUUGGUGGAAGGGCUGGAGGGUGAUGGAGAGUUCAGAAAAGAAGCAUUAGAACUCUUCAAUUCAAUUACUGAAGGAGUAAAGAGGGCAUUUUGCAAUUCUCUGAUUGAUCUUUGUAUCAACUUGGAUUUGUUGGACAAAGCAUGUGUCCUUCUGGACCUUGGUUUGACACUUGAGAUAUAUACCAAUAUACAAUCCAGGUCUCAAACUCAGUGGUCUUUGCACUUAAAGGGUCUCUCACUCGGAGCUGCACUUACCGCAUUCCAUGUUUGGAUAAAUGAUUUGUCCAAGGCUUUUGAAUCAGGAGAGGACCUUCCGCCGUUGCUCGGAGUCAAUACCGGUCAUGGGAAACACAGGUAUUCUGAGAGAGGUUUGGCAGGUGCAUUUGAAUCUCAUUUGAAGGAAUUGAAUGCUCCUUUUCAUGAGGCUCCCGAUAAGGCUGGCUGGUUUUUGACUACACAGGUAGCAGUCAAGUCAUGGAUGGAGCCUAGGCGUUCAUCUGAAUUAGUUGCUGCGUAAUUUCUUAACUACAUGUUUGCUGCCUUUUUUUUUUUGUCUUUUGAGGAAAUUUUUGUGUUAGCUAAAUAAGUAACAAUUGUUUUAUUUCGGAUGCCUUAUAGAGUAAAUGAAACAACAGGAAUUUAAAUAACAUUGUAUUGACUUCAUUUACUCAGAAAAUAAAUUACUUGGAACUUGACUCAAGA